AUGAUGCCUGUGAUUAGCAAACUGUACUGUUCAUCUUCUCAGACGGUGCUGGGGGUCAGGAGGAGGCCACAUAUGGUGAAUGGAGGGGGUUUUGUGGUCACGGAUUGCAGUGGCCAAAGGGUUGUUUUCAAGGUUGAUGGCUGUGGAAUUCAUGGCACAAAGGAACAGUUGAUUCUAAGAGAUGGGGAAGGAGAUGCUUUGCUUCUCAUGCGUCGAAAGGGAGGCAUGGUUGAAGCCCUAAGCAUUUACAAGAAGUGGAAAGGAUAUAGCCUAGACUAUGAAGGAUUACAGACCCUGGUUUUCAGCUUGAAAGAGCCCAAUUCUUGUUUGGUCAAGAACAAUGGGAUUAGAAUCUCCAUUGAGCCAAGGGCUGCCAGUAAUAAAGGCUGGGACUUUGAGAUCAGGGGUUAUUUCCCUGACAGGAAUUGUAGCAUUGUUGACAUUAGGGGCAACGUAAUUGCCCAGGUUGGGGUGAACAAAGAAGUUGAGAAGUUGAUGGAAAGUAAGGAUCUGUAUAAUGUGGUGGUGAAACCUGGGAUGGAUCAAGCUUUUGUUUUUGGAGUCAUCGCAGUUCUUGACUACAUUUAUGGUGAAUCGACCUGCUGCUAA